CCCCCCCUUUUUAAUCUCCAUAUAACUAUAUAAGCAUCCCUAACUUAGAAACUUGAGAUUUACCAAGAAAAUUUGGAGAAAAAAAAUGAAGAUUGACAAGGAAAUCUCUCACCCCAUCCACCUAAAACACAAGCUAAAGAUCGAAUACACUGAGAUCCCGUUCUACUGCGACGGGUGCAAAGAAGCAGGAAUUGGCCUUAAAUACAAGUGCCAGCAAUGUGAAUUUGAUUUGCACAAGGCAUGCGCUGUGGCUUCUCCAACCAUCACCCAUCCCUUCUACAACAAAUGUGAGUUUCAGUUUCUUUACAGCCCACCGGGCGCUGCAAGGAGAGUGUGUGAUGCGUGUAGGAAGGAUGUUCUAGGGUUUGUGUACCACUGCAGGAGGUGUGGUUUUGAUCUGCACCCUUGUUGCGCAAACCUCCCACAAGUCCUGGAUGACGGGCAGCGCAACUUUUACUUGUACCUCAAGUUAUCGAGCGCUUGUCAUCAGUGUGGAGGCAAGGGGCAUGGUUGGUGUUAUAGGUCAGAAUGCAAGACGUAUAAUCUUCAUGUGUCAUGUGUGAAGGAGCUGCUUGUGGAGAGCUGGCAAGCCAAGUAUCUCAAUGUGGACAAGAACAAGGUUAGGGAAAUGCAGACGAGGAUCCCGAGCCUGAAGGGGACGCUGAAAAGCCACCACGGCGGAGGGAGAGGUGGGAAGGUCAGAAAGUGUUGCGAGAUAGCUGGUGGCGCUGUUCGCGUCAUUGUCUCUGCCAUACUCGGAGAUCCUACUGCCCUAAUAGGCGCCGCUGUUGGCGGUUUCAUAUCCAAGUAGAAAAGUGCAGAAAUUGGAAAACAAGUACAUGUUUAGUAUGUCACGUAACAUGUUAUAUCUGUUCGUCAUGUUGUUCUGUUUUACUUAUUACUUUGUUACAUGUUAAGUUUACGUACUGUGUGAAUGAUUAGGACUGUGCCCUCCAAAUCUGCAUAUUUCAUUAUUUGUAAAAAAUAAAAACGCAUGUUUAGAUUUGAA